GGAUAGCGCUGGUUCUAGGUACCUAACCCCUGUAUUGGCCAUUUUUUCGAACGUGGCACCUUGAAGUCCACCAAGCUUUACAACGAUCAGAUCGACGAUAUCGCCAUAGCGACCCUCUAUCAAUCCCGAAUACGGCCGACGAACACGAGUCACUCAAUUGAAAUACAUCCUAUUCGAUACGGCAUAUAGGAAGAAAGAUGAGGGUGUUCCUCCCCUUCCUAAUGCUGGGCUCCGUCGCCCAUGCGCUGUACUUCUACCUCGACGGCACCAACUCGAAAUGCUUCUUCGAAGAACUGCCUAAGGACACAUUAGUAGUCGGUCAUUACAACGCCGAAGAGUUCGACGACAACACGCAAACAUGGUCUAAACACGAUGGCAUUAGUAUCUACAUCUCCGUCGACGAAAUCUUCGACAACGACCACCGCGUCGUAUCCCAAAAAGGCUCAUCCUCCGGCCGAUUUACCUUCACCGCAGCCGACGCAGGCGAGCACAAAAUCUGCUUCACACCAAGCAGCAGCAGCGGGCGUCCCGGCUGGCUCUCCGCCUCGCAGCCCAACGGCGGUAUACGCUUAACCCUCGACCUGGCCAUCGGAUCUUCUGAAAUCGAGUCUACGGAUAAGAACAAGCUAGUAGAUAUCUCGCAGCGCGUGCGAGAUUUGAAUGCGCGGUUGUUGGAUAUUAGGCGGGAGCAGAUUUUUCAACGUGAACGCGAAGCCGAAUUCCGCGACCAAUCCGAAUCAACCAACUCGCGCGUAGUCCGAUGGAUGGUCAUCCAACUCGUCGUUCUCGGUAUCACCUGCGCCUGGCAACUCUCCCACCUGCGAUCUUUCUUCAUCAAGCAGAAGCUUACUUAACCCCCUUCCUCACCCCUUGACGAUGAUGUCUAUUAGGGUAUUACGGAUUUACUCAAGAAGGAAGAUACGAGGUUUAUUAAUUGCCAUGGUAGCGAUUCGGGUGGACUGAUGAAAAUAAAAACAAAACGUGACGAGAUAUUGGAAACGAGUUAGUCGGACUCGGGAUUUGUCAGGUACUUUGGUGUAUUGAUAGCAUACCCGCGUAGGCAGACAAAACCUACAAGUUACAAACCUCUCGAGUCCCUUAUAUCACCAGUGAAUCACUUUUACAACCCACCAUAAAUUCUUAUAAAGCUAAUACAAGA